AUGGACAAGCAGAAGGUUAUUGUGAGCCACAAGAUAAAGGUGAAGCAAACAAGAUCGAUGCAAGUGAUGGCAUGGCUCCACUCAUAUGCAGACAAUUACGGUGAAAAGAUACCGAACACAUCACAGAUCCAUCUCCCCCCAUGCUCCAUGAAGCAGCAAGUGUACAAGACCAUGGUGGAGGAGACCGGGGGUGAUGUUGACCAACCAGUUUCACAUUUCUUACGAUUAUGGAGAGAUGAAGCGCCACACAUUGCAAUUCCGAAGUUACAAUUGUGUAUGAAUCCUGAACACCGACCCAAAGAGAAAAAGAACCGACAGAAACGGGGACACAGAAACUUGAUAUCAUCAGCAUUGCCGUCAGCAACUUUAUUGAGAAAGACCCCGACCCAGAAUUCUCUGUGUGUAAGGAUUAAAGAGAUUGAUUGUGCAAUACAGUUUUUACUGGGCGUGAUGCAAGAGGAGCAGAAGAAAUACAACAAAUACGCAGACCAGUUUCAGAGGAUCUCGGAGACAAUCUCAAUUCUUAACCGGGUCAAGAACAGCAUGCAGAAACUGGUCCCCAAGAUGGAGUGCUUGAACCAGAUGCUGCCACCGAAGGACCAACUGGAACCGCUGAGUCUGAAGAGUCAGUUGUUAGAACCAGAUGUUACCACCUGAGGACCAACUGGAACCACUGAGUCUGAGGAGCCAGAAUGGGAUCCGGAUGAAGAGCAGGGGGGCCAGUAAAAUGUAGAACUUGUUUAAAUGUAUCUGGUCACUUUUAUUUGUAUGUAAACUAAUUUUGUAAAUGCACUUAAUUUUAAGUUUUCAAUUGUGUUCAUUUAAAUUUUUAUACCUGUCAUACCGAAUUUCAAGCUAACACUUGGAUAUUUGAUAGCCAUUUGUUGUUGAGAACUUGGAUAAUUAACAGUGUUUUCAUAAGUCUAGAACUUCCUUGGACUUCCUUUUUAAAAAAAAUUCAAAUAAUUCUCUUUUUCAAAUUACUGCAAAAAAAGUUGUGUCUAUAGUCUAACUGUAUCUAGAUUACAUGAACACUUAUCUUUGAGAUGUACUACAUUGUACAUGUAUGCAGUAUUGCUGUGUGAUAUCUCUCCCUACUUUUAUGAAGUAAACUUAUAUUAGGUAUGGUGACUAUUGACCAGUUAUUCGAAAGAGUUAUUGCCCUUAGACCAUGAAAAAUUUCUCAAUUUUUUCUUUCUUUGUUGACCUGGUAGUAUGCAUUGGGUUAAUUUGUAUUAUAUAUAUUUCAAAUUUAAGGACAGGUGACACAAACAAAUGGAUGUAUGGACUAGCUGAUAUUUAUUUAACAUUGUAAUUUGUUUGUGAAUAAUGUAAAAUAUUGAAUUUCUAAAAUCAUAAGGUGUUUUCAAAAUUAUUAACUUUCUAUGAUUUGUUCAAAAUGUUACCUUUUU